UAAAUCCAAAUGAAAGUUGGUAUAAUUGGUUCUCGUAUAAUUGCAACCAAUCAGACUUCCAAUGUCAAGGUCACGACAAAUGUAGUCACCAAGGUUCUUAAAUAGAUCUUAUAAAUGUAAUGAAUCUAUUAAAUCAGAACAUUGAUUAAAUCCAAAUGAAAGUUGGUAUCAUUGGUUCUGGUAUCAUUGGUCUAUCAACCGCAUUAGCAAUUCAAGAAAAUUAUCCAAAUCUAGAACUGAUUAUUCAAGCUGAUAAAAAAGAUGUCAUGGUAACUAGUUAUGGUGCAGCUGGUAUAUUUAGACCAGAUCCAAAAUUAUUACCAAGAUCUAAUGAUAAUGAUUCAUUUAUUCAUUGGUGUCAUCUUGGACAUGAACAAUAUUGGAAAUUAGCAUGUAGUUGGGAUUCAUCUGAAGCUGGUGUCUAUUUUCAUCCAACUUAUCAAUUAUCAGAAUAUUAUGAAUUUGAUAUACCAUUUAUAAGUAAAUUAUGUGGGAAAACAAUAUUUUUAGAUGAAGAAGAGAUUCAUUCUAUUGGAUUUGCUGAACAUAUUAAAUCAGCUUAUUAUUAUACAACAUGUAUUAUAGAACCACGUUAUUAUAUGAAUUAUUUAUUAAAGAAACUUACAAAAUUGAUUCCAAAUGAUCAUUCCAUUUAUAGUGAAAGAGUGACUAGAUUUACUUCAUCUAAUGAAUUAUAUAAUUGGGCAAAAGAACAAAAAAUCAAUGUUAUUGUUAAUUGUACUGGUUUAGGAUCAGGUUAUUUAUUUAAUGAUCCAGAAGUAAGACCAGUUAAAGGUCAAUUAGUACGUGUUCAAGCACCAUGGAUGAAAUUUGGAUUUUAUUUUGGGCGUGAUGAUACAUAUUGUUAUACAGGCAAGGAAAGUGUAAUACUUGGAGGAUUCCGUGAAUAUUUACCAUCGGUUUUUAGCAGACCACCAACAGAUGAUGAUAUAAUUGUAUCAUCUGAAUCUACAAAUAAUAUUCUUCAAAGAAUUGAUAAUACAUGGCAUGGAGGAUUAGGUCAAUCAUCAAUAGUUGAAGAAUGGACAGGAUUACGACCAUUUAGACCAUCUAUAAGAUUAGAAGAGAACCAAACACCAUCCAGACUUUCACGUGACAACCCAAACAGUACAGUUCAAUCCUGUCCCACAGGAGAACCAGACACUGUAUAUGCUUCAUCGCUACAAUCUGAAUGGUACAGCUCAAUCCUGUGGCGCAAUCACACAGGGACCAAGCACUCUGAUUAAUCAUUCGCACCAUUCACAUGCGCAUUCACAUCACAUGUAUAAUUGUUUCGAUCAUUGAUCGCGUAAAUGAAUUAUGCACAGCAUGAACAGGUCGAAGUUGACCCAUUCCACUUACACGACAGUUAAACUCAUUAAUGCUAGCAAUGGCGAUAUGCCUUACAAUGCUCCAAUGACAAUAGCCCUUGAGAACACUGAAAGCAACCACCAGUAUGAAUGAAAUUGGUGAACCGGCAAACGAACUUUUCACAUGAACAGCCAGCAAAACUUGCCAAAUUAAUACCAAACCAUCCACAAUGUCAAUGACGAACCUUCAGUCUCACAUAAGACCUUCAGCUCUACAUGACCAUACAAUCAACCGGUACAGUUCAUUAUUUCUAAAAGCAUAACACUCCAUUUCACCCCAUAGGGUACUUUUGUUUAAUAACGUAUUUUUUCCAUCUUCCUUUCUUUUCGAAUAUCAAAUAAUCACUACAAGAUUGAUUGGUAUCAACCUGAAAUUACUUGUCAACCUUUACCAAUUAUACAUAAUUAUGGACAUGGUUCAAUGGGUGUUGCAUUAAGUUGGGGUACUGCAAUAGAUGCUGUGAAACUUUUUGAAGAUGUAUUAAAAUCGAGUGGAACUAUUCAUUCAUGACUUAUUCAACUUAUUGUAUUACCUAAUUGUAUUUCUAUUUAAUUCUAUUUAUUAUUGUAAACCAAUUAUAUUAUAUGGUAAAAUACAAGUCGUAUCAACUCCUUAGAUACAUAAUACUGCUAAA